UUUCUUUCAUUUUCUUUCCUUUUCCUUUUAUUUUCUCUCUCUACAGACUUUCCUUUUCUUCACUCUUCUUUCUUCUUGUAUAAAUCUCCUCCACAAAACCUCCUUUGCCCAAGACUCUCAUAUCUCUCUACUGUGUUUUUCGCUAUUUUUUUUCCUCCUUUUUUUUGGUGUCUGAUUUUUAGCACUACAGGUGGUAUUUUGUUUAUUUCUUUUGUUUAUUUUUCCAAUUUUAAUUUUUUUUUUCUUGGGUGUUGGUUGAUCUUGAGGAAAAGGAUCUUGUUCUUGGUUGGAAUUACAUAGAACUUCUGGGCUGCAGGUUUGUGUGUGUGUGUGUUUAUUUUAAAAAAAUUUCUCCUGUUUUUUUAAUCUUAAUUUCAUUGAUAAUCAAGGGAUAUUGUCGAUUUUGCGGUAUACAAUUGCGAAUUUGACAGAAGUGGUGGGACUUCUUUGGAGUCGUUCUUGCCUCUUCUGUUGAUUUGAGCGACUCUUUUAUCGGUUUCUUUGCGAAUUGAUGUAGUGAUAAUGGUGGAAAUUGAGAAUUAUUACGGAUAAUAAAGCUGUUUUCAUUUAGGUUUUCACUUGUGGCGUUCAAGAAAAUUUCGGGUUUUGGUGGGUUACUUUUAUUAUUGAAUUAAGUUAAAUUUCAUGAAAAUGGAUUUGAGAAGUGAUGAUGAGGUUUUAGUGACUGCAAAAGCUGAGAAAUCCAGGACUGGAGAGGGAGAAACUGUCUCAGACAAGUCUAGUAUUUCGAGUAGUGAUUUGGGUUCAAAGAAGGAUGGUGGGAAUACUAGUAACAAGGAUUUAUUUCUUAGAGCAGAUAAAAUCGAUUUCAAAAGCUGGGAUAUCCAGCUGGAUAAGCACUUGAGUCGAGUUAUUUCAAGGGAUAGGGAAGUUAAUACCAAUACAAAGAAGGAAGACUGGGAAAUUGAGUUGUCUAAAUUGGAUAUAAGAAGUGUUAUAGCUCAUGGGACAUAUGGUACUGUGUACCGAGGCAUUUAUGAUGGCCAAGAUGUUGCAGUGAAGGUAUUGGAUUGGGGGGAGGAUGGUCUUGCCACAGCUGCUGAAACUGCUGCUCUUCGGACCUCGUUUCGGCAAGAGGUUGCUGUCUGGCAUAAGCUUGACCAUCCAAAUGUUACAAAGUUUAUUGGAGCUUCGAUGGGAACAUCUGAUCUGAGGAUCCCUUCAAAUAACAUUUCAAGUGAUGGUCGUAAUCCUGUUCCUUCCAGAGCAUGUUGUGUUGUAGUCGAGUACCUUCCUGGUGGGACGCUAAAGAAAUUUUUAAUCAGGAAUAGGAGAAAGAAACUUGCCUUUAAGAUUGUAAUUCAACUGGCUUUGGACCUCUCUCGAGGUUUGAGCUAUCUUCACUCAAAGAAGAUUGUACACCGUGAUGUUAAAACAGAAAAUAUGUUGCUUGAUGCUCAUAGAACAUUGAAAAUUGCUGAUUUUGGUGUUGCUCGAGUUGAAGCUCAAAAUCCAAGAGACAUGACUGGGGAAACUGGAACCCUUGGUUACAUGGCCCCAGAGGUUCUUGACGGUAAACCAUAUAAUAGGAAGUGUGACGUCUACAGUUUUGGCAUAUGCUUAUGGGAAACGUAUUGCUGUGACAUGCCCUACCCUGAUCUUAGCUUCGCUGAUAUAUCAUCUGCUGUUGUUCGACAGAAUUUACGACCAGAUAUCCCUAGAUGUUGCCCGAGUUCAUUGGCAAGCAUCAUGCGGAAAUGUUGGGAUGGGAACCCUGACAAACGUCCUGACAUGGAUGAGGUGGUGAGGUUGUUAGAAGCCAUUGAUACGAGCAAAGGAGGCGGCAUGAUACCAGAAGACCAGGUUAGUAGCUGUCGCUGUUUCUGUUUCUCUGUGGCUCGUGGUCCCUGAUAUAUUCUCUAUGCUCUAUUUGAAUCCUUUAUGGGUUUGAAGAAGGAAAUUAUGAAACAGUAUGAAGUAGCAUUCAUAGCUUUACUGCUGAUGAAGCUCAGACUGAUUUUUCCCCCAAGGAAGAUUCCUAUAAGCACAUAGUAAGAGAAUUAUCAAAACCCUUCAUGAAGUUCUAUAGUUCCAUUUGAAUUCUUAUUGAAUUUUGUGGUUAUCAGACAUGGAAAUAUGUCUAUUUAACACAGCAUUUGAGACUCUUGUGAAUGAUAGAUGAUUUCGUGUAUAUCUAAGUCUAUUAUUUUCAUAUUUUAAAAUUA